UCAAUUCUGACGUUGAAUUGGAAAUUUGAGAAAGUUGCUAUUUUACACGAUUUGGCAACUCUGUAAUUUCUUCGGAUGGAGGGCAAAAUCUCAACUUAUUUUACACAAACUAUAAGAAUUGUUGCCAGUCGCUACGGGUAUCUUUUAUCAUCGACCAGAUGACCAUUUUAUCCUCUCAGCACUCAUUGUAUCAGCAACAACAUUUCUCAUUAAACCAAUACUGACAGUAUGAAAUGAAUCUCUCAUUAGCUAAAUGUCAUAUCGGACGAUGGGUAGAGUGUCCUAGAGAUUGCCCCAAUUAGAAAUCCAAAGUGUGUCAAAUAAAGCAGUAAUUAAAAUUCAUAAUUUCUGUAGAAGAAUUUUAAAAAAGAUGGAAAAUCAAUUUUACUAAAUUGAGAAUAGUAUUUCAACUUCCCAUGAGAAUACUGAACGUAAGUGUGUGCUGAGCCUUUUCGUGUUACAUCAGAUAUUGACGGCUGGAUACGGUACCGACUCUGUUCAUUGAAAUCGGAUUAGAUCUGCUCAUCUAAUGGUAUUUCCACAUGAUAGAUUGAAAUCAUGUCCACCAAUCAUCAUAAUUCUAGAUUUCCACGGAUAUGAGCUUUGAAAACGACAUGGAGAUUCGCAUAAAAUGGAAAAAGUCUACCGGUAUUCUGGCUGUUUCUGGUUUGUUGCUUUGCUUAUUUGGCGUUCUUCUUGGUACCAUAAUCUUCCCAAGCAUCAUUGAAAUGAAAAUAAAAGAGGAAACUGCAUUGUCCAACAAUUCAGAAGCCUUUAAACACUGGCUACAACCUCCGCCAUUACUUUUCAAUGUAUAUAUUUUUAAUGUUACAAACCCAACAGAAGUUGCUGCAGGAGAAAAGCCGAUAGUGCGUGAAGUUGGGCCUUACGUCUAUGUACAGCGCAUGAUUAGAGAGGUAAUUGAUUAUCAUGAAGAAGAUGACACUCUCUCUUAUGCUACAAGAAAAAUAUACACGUUCAAUCAACAAAGAUCCGGGUCACUCAAGGAAUCCGACAAGGUCACUAUGAUCAACCCUACAUUGAUGGGUAUUGUGUUGACUGUCUACAAAUUACUUCCUAUGGCGUUGCCAAUUGUGAAUGACGCGAUUCCCUCCAUGUUUCCUGACCGCAUUCCAGGAACGGUUUUCUCAACAUUCACAGUGAAGGAAUUGCUAUUCUCUGGAGUUCCAAUCAAUUGUUCCAAUACGGCUUCUGAUCUUGUAUGCAAGAACUUGAAGAUGCAUCAACCAACGACCGUCACUCAGCUUCCCGACUCGCCUGAUUCUAUUUUUUCAUUUUUCAAUCAUAAAAAUAAUUCACUUGAAGGACCGUAUAGGAUUUACAGAGGUCGUAAAAUACCAACAAAUGUGGGUAAGAUCAAAAUGUACAAAAACCAAGACACCCUCAAAGUUUGGCCAGUCAACACAUCAUGCAACAUCAUUCAAGGGACUGAUUCAACUAUUUUUCCUCCUUUUAUGAAGAAAAGUGAACUACUCUAUAUUUUUGUGCCAGAUGUUUGCAGGUCAAUGUUUGCUGAAUUUAAAAGAGUGAUCAAAUUUGACAAUGUCAUCUCAUAUGAAUAUGUUGGAUCAACUAAAAACUUUGCUGACCCUUCAAGACAUCCUGAUAACAUAUGUCAUUGUGAAAAUGGAAAGCAGACAUCUAGCGCUGCUGAACCAAGUUUGGUCUGCCCAAAAGAAGGCGCAAUAUUCCUCUCUAAAUGCUACAGAUCACCAGUUCAUUUUUCUCAGCCGCAUUUCUAUGGAGCACACAAAGAUUAUACAGAUUAUGUUGUCGGGCUUCAUCCAAAUAGUAGAAAGCAUCAGACGUAUGUACAAAUUGAGCCUAGAACAGGUGUGCCCAUCAAAGGUUUCCGGCGUUUGCAAAUAAAUAUAGAACUGCGUUUCUUCAAAGAGAUUAACAUUCUUGAGACUUCUAGCACCGGCCUCUUUAAUUUAUAA